GGGCUGGGGCUCAGGCCGGGGAGGGAGGGAGGGGAGGGAAGGAGGCGAGGAAGGGGCGGUGGCUGCUGAGGAGGCUGAAGGAGCGGAGGCGGCGAACGCGGGGUACGGGCAACCUCUGCACGCCCAGCCGGGACUGAGGGGAUGUGACUGCCCGACGUCGCGGGCUCGCACCAUACUUUUCACCAUCCCUCCGGGCUCCUUCCCCGCUGACCGGGCGGUCGCUGGGCUGGGCCCGGGGGCGGCGGCUGUGUCCGGGCCGGACUGGCGGCCGCGACCUCCCGUGGAUUCUGUCAGCUUCCAAGAACAAAUGUGCCCUAUAACUCAUGGAAGAAAAACUACAGGUCAAGACAUCUUUGGGUUCCAAGUUGCCGAAGUAUGGGACGAAAUCUAUAGGCAGUACCCUACAAUCAGUGCCGAAUGGGACAGCUGUUACUUUAUCAGGGAAUUCUACGAAUAGCAGUGGCAAAAAUUUCAUUAAGCACAAUGGCUCUGUUAAUAUGUCAUCCUAUUCUUUUAAGUGGAGAAAGUCAAAUAAAUACCAACUCAGUGAGCAAAAUACUAGGGACUCUCACUCUAACAAUAAUUCAUAUGACAAACUAGUUGACCCUGAAAAACAUGUUAAUGCUCAAGGAACAUUUGGUAAAAGUGGAUUAAAGAGAGAUUUGAAGAGUGUCUCUUUAAUUACAUCAAAGAUAGCAAAGCCAUCAAACAUGUUUGUUUCAACUUCAGAGGAGUUAAACCAAAAGACUUUGUGUGGACUAUCUAGUUCAGGUAAAUUCACCAAAGCCUCAUUGUUAGGAAGGACUUCAUAUUCUUCACUUAGUGCUCCAAAAUCACAGUUAAAUGGAUUUUAUGGAAACAGACCAACUAUUAGUAUGCAAAGGCCUAGAGCAAACUCCUGUACCACCAGGAACAGUUCUGGAGAAAGUUUAGCACAGUCUCCAGACAACAUUAAAUCCUUUUCCUGUGAAAAAAUAGUACGAUCACAAAGUUUUUCACAUUCCGUUCAGAAGUCUUUCCUUCCACUUUCAUCCAUAACUAGAUCACAUUCCUUUAAUAGGGCUGCAGAUCUUACAAGGCCUUAUCAGAACCAACAGUUGUCCAUUAGAGUACCUCCAAGGUCAAAUAUGCAGUCAAAAAAUGUAAAAUCAGAGGUACUCAAUAGAAAUGAACAUUUAGCAUUUGGAUUUAAUAGGUCCUAUGCUGCUCUAUCAGGCUCUGGUUUAAAAAAAUCGACUUUACCAAAUGGCUCAGGGGUGACAUCCUUUGAUUAUAGACUGGGUCGAGCUUCUCUACUGAACCCAAGCAGACCACAGUUUACUGGGAAGAUAAUAGUGGAUGAUAAUAAAAAUUCAACUGAUGACAAAUGCAUAUUGGAAGAUUCCUCAGUUUUGUCUAAUGAUGGAGCUAUUGAGAAGGAAGACGAUUCAAUUGAAAAUUGUAGUUCUAGAACAGAAAGUAGCCAGGGCAUAAAUGAUAACAUGCUGGAAGAUGAUGCAAAAGUCAGAUACUUGAGUGAUGAUGUGGAUGAAAUAUCCCUUUCCUCUUUGUCUUCUUCUGAUAAGAAUGAUUUAAGUGAAGACUUUAGUGAUGAUUUUGUAGAUAUAGAAGACUCAAAUAGAACUCGAGUAACACCAGAGGAAGUCUCACUCAAAGAGGAAAAACUUGGAAAUGUUCCACGAGUGGAUCCAUUUGAUUCUCUGAAAGAAAGUGAAAAACCCUUUGGUAAAACUGAUGAAUGGAUAGAUAUCAGUGUUCCAGUAGAAGACAAGAGUGAAUGCACUAAGCGUACUACAGGGAAUACUUUGAUUUCUCCAGACAUGGAUUACAGAGCUGGUUCUUCAUUUGAGCUCUCCCCAUCUGAUAGCUCCGAUGGAACAUACAUGUGGGAUGAAGAGGGUUUGGAGCCCAUUGGAAGUGUCCAUCCAUGUGGAAGUUAUGAAUCCUCAGAAAUGAACAGCAUAGAUAUCCUGAACAAUCUUGACUCAUGUGACCUUGAAGAUGAUGAUCUCAUGCUUGAUGUGGACCUGCCUGAGGAUGCACCUCUUGAAAAUGUGGAGUGUGAGAAUAUGAACCGCUUUGAUGGAUCGGACAGAAAUGUUCGACAGCAUCAGGAAGGCUUUUGGAAAAGGCCGCCCCAGAGAUGGAGUGGCCAGGAACACUACCGCCUGAGCCACAGUGACAGCUAUCAUCAACAUGGGAAAAUGGACCUGAGCAGAGGAUCUCCCUAUAGGGAUUCUCCUCUGAAUCAUUUUGAAAGCUACAAGGGAAGCAGUCUUUACCAGAGUCCUCGAAUGUUGGUAGAUGUACCUGAACACGCUGUGAUGUUGGAUGAAAUGACUCUUCGGCACAUGGUCCAGGACUGCACUGCUGUAAAAACCCAAUUACUUAAGCUGAAACGUCUGCUGCAUCAGAAUGAUGGGAAUUGCACACAAGAUAUUCAGUUAUCAUUGCCGUCAAGUCCAGAACCAGAACCAGAGGAUAGGGAUCAGAUAUAUAAGAAUGAAGAUCUGUUAAAUGAGAUAAAACUCCUUAGAGAAGAAUUGAAGAAGAAGGAUGAGAAAAUCCAGCAGUUGGAGCAGCAGCUUGCCACUAGGUGUAAAUGCCACCAGAAUUCUAAAGGGGAGAAGUGCACAUAUGCUGAUAAAUACACACAGACAUCUUGGAGAAGAAUUUCUGGUGGGUAUUCUGCUCCCUCCUUCUCUCCUUGGCAGGGCUCAUUCCAAGGGAGCCCUCGGACUGUUCCACCGCACCGCAGACAGAGAGUUGAGAAGUUAGUCCAUUACUUCUAUGAUAAAGCGUGCCUCAAGUACUACAGCCUUCCAGCAACCUUCCCAGGCCCACAGACCACACCCAGGGAAAGCUAAUAAAGCCACAACACAUCGUGGCCCACAGUGAAAGUUCUCUUGUGGGCUUACAUCAGAAUAUCGAACAUCUAAAUGAAAAUUUUGCAGAUGGUCAUCAACAAAAGAAUGAUUAUGGCCUCAAAGAACUGUCCCAGUCAUUAAAAUCACCAUUAAUUAUGAAGGAACUUGCUAAGAAAACACCUUCUGAAGAACUCCUGAGUGUGACAGGGAAAGUUUCAAAGUCUAAUCAGCUGACUAGUAAUAAAAUAAGUGAACUAGAAUCUGCACCCUCCUUCCAAGUGAGUAUAGGAGAAGACCAAGUGAAAAAAGCUCUGAAAAAUCAGCCUUUGCCCACAGCCGGUACUACCCAUUCAAAGGCCUUGCAGCUUCAAAAGCCAUCAAUUGAUAAUUCUGAAUCAUCUCAAGAUAGACCAACAGCUUGCAAUACAUCAGAGUUAACAACAUGUAAUCCAGCAAAACUUCAAACUGCGAGUCAGACAAGCUUAAUAAGUAACAAGUCAAAUCAGAAAGCUUCUAAACUUCGCCCGCCUUCAAUCUCCUCUUUUAAACAGAAGCAAAUAAGCAGUCCAAGACAAGAGUCUCAGAACUUCCAAGGAAAGACAAGCAUCCCAAGGCCACUAACACAAAAAAAAGAGAUCAUACAACAUCAAACUGCCAAUUUUCACUCUGGGGAUUGUUUGACCUCUAAACGGUAUUCUCGUCUCCCUAAGCCAAAGAUACAUUAAGGACUUAAUCAUCACCUGCCCAUUUCUUUGGAAAGAUUUGUUCAUUCUUUAAUUGUUUUCCAUACAUCUGAUUCCCAUGGAGAAGGCACUAUUAAAAAGCCUGCAAGUCUUGAAUAUUAAAACUUAAAAGCUUCAGUUAGUUUGGCUAUUCAGUUCCAUAACCUAGUUGGAGCCUAUGCUAUCUGAACAUUCAUUGCCUCAGGUAAACACAGAUGUUUGCUUAUCCAUCUCAAAAACCUGCAGAAAGGACUUCAGUUUGUCAUUCCCCCUAGAAAAUUUAUGCUUUAUCACAGUAUUUCACUAAAGAAAUAUUCAAUGUUUAUGGUUUGUUGGCAUAGCCCUUUUUAUAAUUCUUAUUAUUAAUCAUGAUUAUUAAAAAUAUGUCUUUUUUUGUUUAUCCCAACCUUGAAUAUAACGCCUGUUUAAAAGGCUAGAGAUGUUUAAAAGGUGGAAAUGCACAUCUCUAAGCAGAUUAUUGGCUGGUACUCUGACUCUUCAUUUCAGAGGCCUAUGCAAAACCUCUAUGGUCAUCUAAAGAGCUCUCACUUUCGGCAGGUUAUUAGUGUAUGUGAUGUUUUUCUGUUGCAAAAAUCAAAAAAUCUUUUGAUUGGCUCAUCUUCCUUGGCCUUCUCUGGGUAUCAGGCAGAUCUCCCAGGCCAAAAGACCACAUAUUAUGUAUAAACAUCUAUGCAUUGCUCUCCCAUCCCAUUGGCAGAAUUUUAUGUUCAGUUGAUGUUGUCACUGGGUAAAUUUUGGAAAUGGAGCUGAAUAUGCUUCUGUUUGCAAAACAUGAUAGUACUAAGAGUUUUCUGGUGACUGAAUCUUGAACUUAAGAGGUUAAGGAUUCAUGAUACCUGUGUAUAAGGUUCUACAUAAUAUAUUUUAAAUUAGGUCUUUUAACUUUAUUGUAAUAUUUGUAUUUAUUGACUUUCUGCUAAUAUCAGAAGAAUCUGAAGUACCUGACUUGAAAUGUUUGCACAAAACUUUGAUGUAUGUAUAGGGAUUUAAAACUAUUUUGCAUAAUAAAACUUGUGUUUAAUAAGGAAUAUUUUGAAAAAAAAUCACAGAUUUGCUUUAAGCAAGCCCAUGAUGUCAUGAGAAGAGCUGGUACUCUUUUAAGAGCUUUGUUUUUGCUUUUCUAUGCUUUUUAGCUUUCUUUGUGUGGGGGUGUGCGCAUGAGGGACAAAUUCAUUGAAAGGCAGUUAGAGACCGAGGAGGACUCAUUCAAGAACUAGAGAUGGGGAGGGAAGAGUCUUUUACUAAACUUUGAUAGAUGCUCUCAGUUACUUUUUUCUUUUUUCACAAGGCAGCUUGUGAGACCGUGAAGUUAGUGCGUGCCCGGAUCUAGUGGUAUGUGCUUGUCAUCAGGCUACCAAUUUCCUCUUGUAAUUCCCCAGUAAUGGCAUCAGUCUGAAAGUAGUAGUUUCUAAGAGAGGCAAGUGCUAUGGACGGCCAGAAACAUUAGGCCAGAUUUUUUUUUCAUUUGUUUGUUUCAUAACUGCUGACCACUAAUUAAAGGGGACCUGGCCAAGAAAUCAGUUGUACAUAUUUCAAGUGAUUCCUUUAGCAAUAAUAUGAGAAGAAUCUAUAUUCCUUUGAGAAUAAAAUAGGCAAACAUUUGGCUUUUGUUUGAUUUGAAAUUAUAAAACGCUAUUUGCUCCCAUGCUUGCUAACUCAUUUUUCAUUCUGAAUUGUCAGAAAAUCAUUCAUGUGCACAUAUUUGAUGGUAUAUGAGCCACAUAUGUUUAGGCCUUCCUGAUAACAACAAACAUACACACAAAGCCCCUCAAAAAUGGGUUUACUUUUGCCAUAAAUUCUAACUGAGAAACAUCAGUAUUACUGCAGGUUCCUCAUAUAGUAUCCAUUAUGAUCACUUUAGUGUAAUCAGACCUAUCAACAAAGCACCUUAAUGUUCAUUAAUGGAGACAGGCUCUUGUGGCUUAAAGUCUGGAAUAGAUUGGUCCUUUUCCUUUAUGAAAGUUAAAAAUAAUUGUAUAGGUGCAGAUGAAUUUAAAAGCAUUGAUUACAACAUUAGGUAGUUAAGCCUUUUUAGAAUGCUUCAAAUGAUAUCAUUGCUGAAGCCCAUUUGCAUUUUUCUUUUUAUUUUCAUUUGUGCAAUAUUUUCAGGAGAAUGAGACUACUGUUCAAUGUAUUUGAAUAGGGAUGAGAGCCUUUAUUAAUUAUUUUAAUGAGUGAAAAAAUAUGAGGGAAAAAAAUCAGAUUUGCACUUUAAAUGAGCUUUAUUGCUUAGAGUUGUGCCUAAAAUAAUCAAAAAGCCUCUUGUUGUGUGUGACUAUAUUUGUUUGUUUGAAAUAAAUCUCCCAGUAAAUGUUGCUGUUUGAAGGCAUCUAUACGGCCCUGAACAAAACUAUUAUACCACCUUGCAUGUCGCUUUUUCCUACAUUUUCUUUGUACGUUCCUUUGCUUUUCCUUAUUUUUGACUUGAUACCAUACCAUAGAAUCUUUUGCUUUCCUCUAACUGCCACUUACAUGUUCCCAUAGUCUAGUAUGCUAUACAGACUGGAUGUAUGAUCUCAAUUUGGGAGCAUAAUAAUCUUCAUUUCCUUGCUUUCUUGUUCACUAGGAAUGUCCUUGAGGAUCCCUAAACAUGAUUGAAAUGAGAACCAAUAAGCCUGCACAAGUUCACAAUUUUUUAUGCUGCUAAAGGGGUUGGAUUCUUUGGGGGUAGAUACAGUGGCAUGCAUGUAUGUCUCAAACAAAUUCUGAAAUUCCUUAUGGAUGUAAUCACAUCGGUAUGAAGGGGGAUUGGAAGAACCACGUCAUACUUUCUCAGUUCUCAAGCUCAAAAGUGCAUUUUCAAAUGGACCUUCCAAAUCUUUUCUUUCAUUUCAGUGUGGCAGCAUGAGUCUUGAUCUAUCACGGAAAGCUCAAAUUUAAAAAUAAUCUCAAUUUUGUCAUUAAGGAAACACGCAGUACAGGAAACAUCACUGCUGUGAUGAAGCUGCUUCACUGCCUCCAUAGAUGUCAAAUUGUCACAAUAAAAACAAUGUCAAAUCCAAUAACAUUCUAUUAUUUAAAGUCUUAAGUUCAAUGCUAUCUCUAAGACAAAAAUAUAACCAUUAUAUACCUUCAGUGUUGUUUCCCCCAUUGUCUUUUUUUUAAAAAAAUCCAUUCAGAGUAUAUACUGUAUAUUGCAAUUUGCUUGUAAAGUAGAAAACGCUUAUGUAAAGACUCUUUCCUGAAAGUGUUGCUAUAGUGAAUAAAAAUAAAAUGGAUAAUUAUAAA